AUGGCGGACGGACUGGAGGAUAGUCCCGUCUGCACGCCUGUGGAGGACAUGAACAUUUCAGAGAAAAAACAGGAUUUCUCGUUGACUGAGAAACCGGACAUUCAUGAUCUUGAAGUUGCUAAAGGCUUUGUGGCUGAAAAAGAUUUCGAGGGACAUGUCACAGACGUACCCCUUGGAGAGGGUAUUGUCCCCGAUGAUGAUGACGAGUUCAUCGAUCCUCGUCUAAAGGAUUAUCCCAUUCCUUUGGUGGCCAAAACGGUCGACCUUCGCAAUGACCCAACGCAAGUCCAUUUGCUUUGUAUUCUAUUCAUUAUCACAUUCACUAACAUUUUACAUAGGGAGCCAAUCUUAACCUUUCGGUUCUGGGUCCUAUCCACAUUUUGGGUUCUCACUGGUUGCGCCCUCUCUACCUUUUAUUAUUUCAAGCCUUAUUAUAACAGCAUCACCAGUUAUGCCGUUCAAUUGCUGGCCUGGGGAAUGGGCGACGCUAUGGCUCGAUAUUUGCCCACGAAACAGUUCAGCUUUUUUGGAUGGAAAUGGUCAAUGAAUCCCGGUCCUUGGAAUGCAAAGGAGCACGCCUUAAUAAUCGUUGCUUAUUGGGGUAGUUGCUACAUGGCCAUUGGAUUAGGCCCCUUGUCUGCCAUCGAGCUUUACUACGGCGAGAAGCUCAAUGCUGGGUGGUCGAUCUUCUUCCUACUGGCCUCACAGACAAUUGGAUACGGCUUUGCUGGUCUGUUUAGGGAUGUCCUUGUACGACCACCUUCUAUGUACUAUCCCGGUGUACUGCCCAAUGUCUCUCUAUUCAACGCAAUGCAUAGUAGCCCAUCGGCAACCAAGAAGGCCUUAAAGUACUUUGCCAUCGUUGCCUGUCUCACCUUCAUUUAUGAGUGGAUACCGGAGCUAAUUUUUCCACUUUUGGGAUCACUUCCAUUGAUUUGUUGGUUUGGUCAUGGCAAUUGGAAAGCGUUUGUCUUGGGUUCAGGUUACUACGGAUUUGGCAUCUUGGAUUUCUCUCUUGACUGGAACUACAUUAGCUUCAUGUAUCCAUACUACACCCCGCUCUGGUCGAGUCUCAACUCUGGUCUCUUCGCCAUCUUCUGUAUCUGGGUACUUUAUCCAAUUAUAUACUUCACCAACACGCUGAAUGCGCAGAAUUUCGCCCCCAUGGAUACAGGUACCUACACGGCAAAUGGCAGCACUUAUGACGUUACGGCCAUCAUUGAUUCCAACAAUCAAGUGAAUCAAACCGCAUUGGCUGAGUAUGGAUCUCCCUACUGGUCUCCGUCAUAUGUGUUCUUUUGGUUCUGGACUUUUGCGGCGCUCACAGCUUCGCUGGUCUACGCAAUCCUGUGGUACGGAAAGUCAGCGUGGAUCGGUAUAAAAGAUGGCUGGCAGAACAAACGCAGCGAUUAUGAUGACCCUUAUCUCAAGCUCAUGUCCUUCCGAAAGCGGGUGCCUCACUGGUGGUAUUUGACGUUACUUGGUAUCUGUGUGGUGAUCGCCAUCGCUCAGGGAUAUGAGGGUAACAUGAAGCUUGACUGGUGGGGACUCAUAGUUAUCUGUCUCUUUUCAUUCGUGUUCACCUGGCCCAACGGUAUUCUAUGGGCCGUAGCCAAUAUUCAAGUUGGUAUGGGUUCUUUUAGCGAUCUGCUUGCCGGGCUCAUGUUUCCGGGACAGCCCACAGCGGUACUUUCCGGCUAUACCUAUGGGUACUGUGUGCUCGAGCAGUGUCUCAACUUGAUUUCGGACUACAAAUUUGGCUUUUACAUGAAGAUCCCGGAGCGGGAGAUGUUCUGGGGUCAGCUUUGGGGCACCGUUCUGGGUCCCUUUAUCAACUAUGGCUUCAUGCAGCUCAUUGUCGAUCGUGAGAGGCCCUUCUUGAUCGGUCAGCGCACUUCUGCGGCAUGGGAUGCAGUCGAGACCCGGUACUACUACUCCAGCUCUAUCAUUUGGGGCAUCCUGGGCCCUAAGACCUUUUUCAAUGAACGGUACCCCUGGGUAUACUAUUCCUUCCUUGUCGGUGCUCUGUCUGUUCUUGCGGUCUGGUUUGUGCAGAAGUGGAAGCCCAAGUGGGACAUGGAGCGUUGGUUCAACCCGACAUUGAUGUUUUAUGGGGGCUUCCUGUUCCCAAAGUAUGAGACGGUGAACUUUUUCACUUCUUUGUUGGCUUGUAUUUUGUUCAUGGGCAUUCUUCCACGGUACUGCCCAGUGUGGUGGCGCAAGUACAACUACUUGACUGGUGUCGGUUUAGAUUGUGGAACACAGUUGAUGACUUUGAUUUGCAUAUUCGUCGUCAAUCUGCCUAAUCUAAGCUUUCCUGCCUGGUGGGGGAAUAACGCUGAUGCAACAGACCGGUGCUUCCCGCCUGCAGAUCUACCUCCAUAUGUGAUGAACUGA